UGCUGCUGUUUUUCAGGAUUGCAUGUCUCGUAAAGCUGCUUGUUCGGGGGCCUGCAGUGGUGUUUGACUGGACAUUGCAGCCUGGUUCUGAAUGAUGUCAGAACAGGAUUUGGCAGAUGUUGUUCAGAUUGCUGUUGAAGACUUGACUCCAGACAACCCAGAGUGUUGGGGUUUCAGAAGCCAGUGGAUCUGUCGAAGCAGAACAGCUGAUGUGGCAACUCUGCUUCCUCACGUUGUGUUGGCGAAUCAUGAAGUGACAGACGAUGAUGUAGAGCCUACUCUGAAACGCCAGCGCAUAGAAAUUAACUGCCAGGAUCCCUCUAUUAAGUCAUUCCUAUGUUCCAUUAAUCAGACAAUAUGCCUGCGACUGGAUAGCAUUGAGGCAAAGUUGCUGGCUCUAGAGGCUACCUGUAAAUCACUGGAAGAGAAGUUGGAUCUUGUCAUGAACAAACAGCACAGCCCCAUCCAGGUCCCCAUGGUGGCAGGUUCUCCUCUUGGCGCUACACAGACCUGCAAUAAAGUACGAUGUGUUGUUCCCCAGACCACAGUAAUACUGAACAACGACCGGCAGAAUUCAAUUGUAGCCAAGAUGGUUGGACAGGAAGAGCCACUGAGCAGAGCAGCAGAUUCUCUGGAAAAUAUCCUUAGCAAUGCUGUUCCUGGACGUAGGCAGAACACCAUAGUGGUGAAGGUUCCAGGGCACGACGACAGUCACAACGAAGAUGGAGAGAGUGGCUCUGAGACCAGUGACUCAGUUUCCAACAGUGGACAAUUAGGAAGCCAAAGUAUUGGGAACAAUGUCACCCUUAUUACGCUGAACUCUGAAGGUAUGCUGGUCUAAGACUACAUGAGAAAA